GCAUUGGUCUCGCAGUAGAUAUUGUUACUGACAUUUGCUCGAUAAAAAGAAAAAAACGUUGGAGUGCUACAACGUUUCUUCUGAAAGAUGGCGCCCGCCACGUGUGUGUUCGUCUGCGCGAAUGUGGGAGUGACUGCAACAAUUUAAGAGAGAAUGUGUUGAGGCCUUUCAGCGUGUAGGUGGAGUCUGCGAAAAACGAUUUGUGCCUCCGUCAACGGUACUGCUCGAACCCGAGGUACACGUCCGGUCGGUGGACAAGAGCGAACAGGCUCAACUCCCAUGUAGAUUCUGCGACGAAGCAGCACCAGUGACGAGUCGGCAGUGGUUCAAGCGGCUCAUCAACGGUACUUUCAUCCACGUCGCCAUGGACACGCACGACGACCCGUCAAAGAAUAUGCGCUACACCAUGUCGGACCACACGCUAGUAAUAAAAAACGUCGUUGAGAAAGACGCUGGGUACUACGUUUGCCACGAUAACGAGGAACCGCCAACGAAGUACCGCAUGGAGUACCUCCUAGAUGUUUCUGUGAAGUCUACCGUUGAUCCCGUUUCAGGAGACCUCUUGAAGCACAAGCCCUACCUUCAGGGGUUGCAGGAAACAUACAGUAACCUAGCCCUGGAUGGUAUACUAGUUAAGCACAACGUGACCACAAAUUGGGGCGAGUGGACGCCGUGUGAUCGAUGUGGCGAGAUUGGUCUCCGUAAACGGUAUGGCCGAUGUCAGCUGACAACAUCCGUUCAAGGCUUCAUGAGGCUUCCUCAAGCGCCUCAGGAGCCAGUGAACGUCAGCGUCCCCGUCAUGGGCCCCAGUUGCAGGUCUCUCCUCUUGAGAAAGUACGAAGCCUCGAAGCAACUGUACAAGAUGCCGGACUACCUUCACACUGAAUACUGCCAAGAGGAUUGCGACGAACAAUUCGCUACGGGUGGAACGAUGUCUCCAGUGAACGGGACCUUCUUCAGUUGGAAGAUCGGCAAAACGGAAGAGGUUGAAACUGCAGAAAUAUCCCCAUCUGCGUUUCGUCACGAAGAGGAGGAAGGGGUCAUGAUAAGCCUCGCAUGUCCAGGAGCAUCGGCAGAGAGUGUGGUGAUGUGGUUCUUCAACGGCACCAAGUUCCGCAGAGCGUGGCGUCGCGUCAAGGUUAGCGACCAGAAACAUCUCGUCUUCAAGGAGCUCAAAGCACGCGACACAGGAGUCUAUGAAUGCACCGUCAUGGGCAUCAAAGUCGGACAGUUACAGCUCAUUGUGAAGAAGAAGCGGCAUGAUGUAGGAACUCUGGCUACGUCAAAUGGGAUGUGGAUGGCGUACACUACCAUCAUAAUCAACGUCAUAGUUUACGCAGCAGUUGUUUACGUCAACUGUCAGCAUCAUUACAAGAGAAUGGAUAUACAGGACUACAUCUCGCGCACCCGCUCUAAGGACCCUACGAGUACAGAGUGUACGGAUUCCACUGAGCCACUUGAGAAGGAGAACUAGCGUCUAUUGUGCGUACGUUUAAUCGCAUACGUUGUUCUGUGGUCUGCCUGUACCAGCACCUCGAAUACCAAUCAAAUAUAUUGAAUUUACAUAACGUCGCAAAAUGAGCUGCUUGUGUCUUCACGCAUGUAUUGC